AUGAUCGCUAAUAAGAAAAUCGCUUUCGUCGUUCUGCUGUUCGCCGCUGUUAUGAGCCAGGUUUUGUGCCAGCAAGUCGCUGAGGAUAACGCUUCCGAUGUUGCUGAAGGUCGCACAUUCAGCCAUCACUUCCUGAAGCGUUUGAGUUUUGCUGUCAUUCCCGGCGCCUUUGUUGUUGGUGUGAUCACCACCCUCUUGGCCGCACUUACCGUUGUCUCAAUGAAGGGUCUGGGUGUUGGUGUAAUCCUCUUAAUUCUGGCUAUCGGUCAGAUGCUGUCACGCGCCAUUCCUCAAGUGCAUGCUGCUGCUUAUACCGCUCCCGCCCCCGUGCCGGUAGUCUACUCGCACUCACACACCCAACAACCCGUCUGGCUCGAGAAGGAAUGGUAA